AUGGCGACAAAUGCUGCACUCGCCAAUGGAAAAGGAAAACGUACCAAACGCGACGGCGGAGCUCGUGAGAAGCGCGGCGCAAAGCGGCAGGAGCUUGACGACGGAACGACGACGUACAACCGGAAAACAACUGCAUCGGUUUCUAGCUUAGCGAUUCCGCCGUUUGAAUUGUCUAUGUCAAUUCCCAUACCGCUGGCGGAUCCGCGACCCAUCGAUAUUCUCCAUCCGAGACCUCGACAAAUGAACCCUGCGUUUACCACACACUCCGAAUCACUGCAGCAAUCUUGGGCUUUUUUUGACGUCGCCGAUAAGGUGAGCAAUCGCAACGGCUUUAGGUACAGCUACGCCGUUGCGGAUCCUAGAUUGUCCCAUAUUCUCUACCGUCAGACGGAUGUUCCGCCAUAUCAUUCUCGGUUUAGCUUUGAAGAUUCACCUUCUUGCAUUGCUUUUUCUAAAGAUGGUUUAGCAGUCAGCACAAAAGAUCCGUGGCAUUCGGCUCGUGCAAACGUUUGCGCGCGAGAAGGAACCUAUUACUACGAAGCCCGCGUUAUAAGCGGCAUUGUCCGGGGCAAAGCUACUGGCACCUCGCCUCGAGGAAACGUAAGACUAGGGUUUGGGCGUCGAGAGGCAGACCUUGAUGUUAACGUUGGUGUGGAUUGCUAUGGGUAUGGAAUUCGUGAUGUUAACGGGGAGGUGGUGAACCGUAUGCGAUGCGAAUAUUUUUUCCCCAAAGACGAGUCCAUCAAUGAAGGCGAUGUGAUAGGCAUGUUGAUUACAUUGCCGCCAUUGAGUGUGCACAAGAAGAUCGUGGAGGGAACGUAUGAUGUCUCAACAGAUAUCAAUGGAGAUACGUCGAUGCAAAGCAACGGCGCCCCGAAGCCACCCGCUGCGGUGAACUUCAUUCGAGACCGAAUACCUUUUCAUUUAAAAUCAGACUUCCUUUACCAGCAAAAUCACGUUUUUCCUUCCAAACACCUACGAGACUACGCUUUCAAUCUCAAAGAAACGCCGACUUAUGGCCCGCCAUCUCCAGGAAACGUCGAAGAUCCUUCUUUACGCACACUUCCUGGUUCAAGUAUAACAAUUUAUAAGAAUGGAGUUCGAAUGGGCACUCCGUUCACAAAUCUCUACGCCUUUUUGCCUCCUGCGUCUCGUGCCACUCAAGCAGCCAACAAUCUUGGGAUUGGCGAAAGAGAAAAUGCAGAUGAUGGAAUGAUUGGAUAUUACCCUAUGGUGAGCUGCCAUAAUGGCGGAGCGGUAGAAUGUCGAUUUGAGAAACCAUGGUGGGUUGGUCCACCAGAUGUUCCCGACCUGAAGCCAUUUGGUGAGAGAUUCAAUGAACAGAUUGUGGAGGAUGUUGUGGCAGAUAUUGUGGAUGAAAUUGAUGCUAUAUCUAUGGGUUGGAGUGUGACAGAUGCAUUGAAUGCUACUGUAGGCCCGAAUACUGCUGUUGGGAGUGUGCCAGGUACAGGACCGCCAACUGCAGUCAGCACCCCACAGACAGCACAGUCUGUUACAGGAGACAUGAGGAUGCAAACUGAUGAAGUCUCAGGGACGCCAGCUCCUGUGGAUGUUUGA